UCCAGUAAAUCACGCACCAAAAACAUGGAAACUUCUUAGUUCACAUCCCAAAACAAAACCAUAAAUAAAACUAACCAACCCUAAGCUGUCCAUAACUAAACAAACACACACCACCAGUUCGUAUUUCCUAAGGUUCCUCCGACCACCUUAAAAUGCCGCCGAAACACGACAGCUGCUGCUCAUGUUGCUCAGGCUUCAUAAUAACCACUGGCCUAACCGCUCUCUUCAUAUGGCUAAGCAUCCGAGUAGACGAACCCAAAUGUUACCUCGAAUACAUUUACGUUCCUGCCCUCAACAAAACCCUCAAUUCCACUUCAAACUCCACCUUCAUCUUCACUCUAAAACUCGUCAACCCCAACAAAGACAAAGGCAUCCAAUACGACGACGUUCAACUCCGUUUCCGCGUUUUCAAAGAUCUCAACACUACUCGCUCACUCGGUAACGCUACUGUUGGGAGAUUCUACCAGGGACAUGAGAAAAAGGCUAAGAAGCUUGGCGCGGUGGUGAACGGCGUUGGGAAUUUGACGGAGAGGGUUGACGGGAAGGUUUAUUAUCGGGUGGAUUUUGCGACGGCGGUGAAGUAUAAGAUCUUGUUGUGGUAUACGAAACGGGAUCAGUUGUGGGGAGGGGCAAAUGUGGAAAUUGGAGAUUCCGGGGAGAAACUGGAGAAGAAAGCGGUUCGGCUAGGGAACUCGCCGGUGGUGGUCGUUGUGUCCGGCGCAUCGGAACUGUACGGAGGCUACCGUGCGCUUCUGAUAUUUUUGGUUGUGUUGACUUGUGUUGGGUUUACUUGACUUUGACUAAGUUAACUUAUGGUCUUUAUUUGUAAUUUUAUUAUUUUAUUUUAUUUAAUAGGUGUUGUUGUGUUUUCCUUUUUUUAAUGUGAAUUUUGAAUUUUUUA